UUAAUGAUUUAUUACACAGUAUCAAUGCUUGAUACUUAACUCUUUCCUAAUUUACUUCCUAUUUAUUUAGAAUAUUUUUUUGUCUGAGAAGAGAAAUGAGAGUAAAUUAUAAAGUAAUAUUAUUUCCAAAUUAAAUUGCUACCCACAAAAUAAUUAAGUUUUUAGCACAAACUACAUAGCAUUUACUUUAUAUUGUUUGAUUUUUAAAUGUUGUAAAUUUUACCUUCGUUAUUGACUUUAUAUAAAUUGUUUUCUAUAAUGACUAUUCCUUUAUAUGUGGAAAGUGGUGUGGCCUAUGUAUGGAAUUCUAAUGACUGGUACACACUUCGCACGGAAUAUCGAAUAUGUGGUGCACUAAUCGGAACAGUACCUGCAUAUCCACGGCAAAAUGAAUUUUCAGGACUGCCAAUGGCUUUGAUGUCUGAAGAAACAGCAUUAUUAGUGGAUAAAGGGAUUUGUGAAUUGUUUGAACUACCAACAAUUACUGAUAAACUGACCCAGCAGGAAGUUGAAGAAAUUAAAUCUGAGGAGCAGAGAGUGUUUCAAGAACAAAUGAAGGAAUUGAAGAAAAGAAAAGUGGAACAAAUGUCACAAAAAAUUGAUAUUAUAAUAGCAGGAAAAAGGCAGAAAUUAUUAUCAAAAGGAAUUACUGAUGCCAAUUUAGACAAGAAUUUAUUAUUACAAGAAGAAAUAAACAAAUUACAGCCCUUGCCUCCUGCACAACUUUUGGUACAUUUACCUACGGAACACUAUAUAGAUAUAGAAAAGAAGCAUGUUGGAGUAGAUAUUUUAAAACCUAGUAUACUAGAAAAUUUUGGUGCAACUAGAUAUGCAAUUUUCAAAGAUUUAUGGGAAAGAGGACAUCACAUUACUAGUGGGUCGAAAUUUAGCUCAGAUUUCCUUGUAUAUCCAGGAGAUCCUGUGAAGUUUCAUGCUAUGUAUAUGGUGAGAUGUUUGUGCGAUCAAACCACGUCGUUUUGCCCUUUAAGUCUCGUCGCCUAUGGAAGAUUAUCAGUGGCUGUAAAUAAGAUAGCUAUUUUAGCCUCUCGUAACAGUUAUGGUAAAGUAGAUUACCAAACGUUACAAUGGCAUGAUAGCAUACAUAGAUAAAAUAAAUAUUUAAUAUUA